UUUAUAUUAAUAUACAUCUUUUACGUAUUUCAGGUUCUAGCCUCUGUGCAAAGAACCUAAAUCGACAUCAAUGGAAGAUAGGAAUUUGAUUUCUGUAAAACCUGUGACCAAAAGAUGGAAAGAAGGUCAACAAAAAGUAGGACAUCAUAAACUAAAACCUACUUCAUAUUCUUCUGCUUCCACAUCAACUCAAACUCAUCCUUCACCCAAGAUUAAGAGGGUGCAGUUGGAUAGGAAAAAUAUGGUUCCUAAAAAGCCUAGAAGUGUUAAAUCUAAGGCGAAGCGAGUGAAAUCUAAUCAUCCCAGAAAGGCUGAGAGCAGUAAACUUAAGGGGACAAAUAAGAGGACAAGGAUAAAUGACCUAUAUGAUGAUGUUGAAGCUAAAUUUUCUGUUAUGGAGCGAGCAGAAAGGAUUUUGUCAAGCCUAGCAGAUGAAUUUCCCAGCUUUGCUAAGUGUAUGCUCCCUUCAAAUGUUGCUCAUGGAUUUUGGCUGCAUCUUCCAAAGUCAUUCUGCAAUAUGCAUUUACCAAGUCAUGAUACCACCGUCAUUUUGGUUGAUGAAUGGGGUAAUGAGUACAAGACAAGUUAUCUUCUAGAAAGGAAUGGUCUAAGUGCUGGUUGGAGAGGAUUUUCCAUGUCUCACAGAUUACUUAAAGGAGAUCUUCUGAUUUUUCGCUUGAUUGAACCUUGCAAAUUAAAGGUCUAUAUAAUCCGAGUAAACGGUCGAGACGUAGUAGAUGCAGCUCUUUGCCUCAUGAAUUUUGACGCUUUGAAGAAAUCAACAGAUCUUGAUCUUGCACAGAAAGAUAAUAGGAAGCGGAAAAAAGCAAAGCGUUUGGUAGAGCCUUUUUACGUCGAUUUUUCUAAACCAAAAGAGUAUAUUCAGAAUGAUAGCCAUAGUGCCGUUGAUUUGAAUGUUUCACCUUCAGUGCACCGAUCUGAAACUAACAGUGAAGUUCUGGAUUCCGAGGUUCCAGAAGGUUCGGAUGUUAUCAACCGCUUGCAAUCUAAUGAAAUAUGUUGCUCUGAAACAUCGUUUUUACAUGAUAAUCCUCAAAAGAGCAUAAGUUGUAGGUAGAUUGCAGAGGACUUUUGACGAUUUAUUUGAACUAGCAAAUUCUAUCAUGAGAAGCUCCAGAGAAAUGCUACAUACACAACAUAGAGUAAUAUCCAGAAGAAAGAUUUUGAACUGAAGCAUCUGAUGAGUAUAUAUGGCAGAUGGCAUGAAUGAUGCAGAAGUUGACUCUUCCAAGUGAAUAUUUCUUUUGGAUGUAUAAUGUUUUUGUGUUUCUAACACUUCACUGAGUUCGUUCAUUAAAGAAAAUACCUUGUCUAAUAGGAUUGGAAGAUGUAAUUUUGAGAUGAUAGCAUGAUUAUACUUUUCAUAUUUGUACAUAGACGCACACUGAUGUAUUUGGAUAUCUGCAAAACACUGACCAAUGAAUUUCUUAUUCAUUUGAAAUUUACAGCUUCUCAAAA